CCCCCUCAGACUCCACACCUGGUGAACCUGAACGAAGACCCCCUGAUGUCUGAAUGUCUGCUCUACCACAUCAAAGAUGGUGUCACCAGGGUUGGCCAGGUUGACGUGGACAUCAAGCUGACUGGGCAGUUCAUUCGGGAGCAACACUGUCUGUUCCGGAGCAUCCCUCAGCCAGACGGAGAAGUGCUGGUCACCCUGGAGCCCUGUGAAGGAGCCGAGACCUACGUCAACGGGAAACUUGUGACUGAGCCCGUGGUGCUGAAGUCAGGGAAUAGGAUUGUGAUGGGCAAGAACCACGUUUUCCGCUUCAAUCACCCGGAGCAGGCGCGGCUAGAGCGGGAGCGAGGGGUCCCCCCGCCCCCAGGACCACCCUUCGAGCCCGUCGACUGGAACUUUGCCCAGAAGGAACUGCUGGAGCAGCAAGGCAUUGACAUCAAGCUGGAGAUGGAGAAGAGGCUGCAGGAUCUGGAGAACCAGUACCGAAAAGAAAAGGAGGAGGCUGAUCUUCUGUUGGAGCAGCAGCGGCUGUACGCGGACUCUGACAGCGGGGACGACUCCGACAAGCGCUCCUGCGAAGAGAGCUGGCGGCUCAUCUCGUCCUUGCGCGAGCAGCUGCCGCCCACCACGGUCCAGACCAUCGUCAAGCGCUGCGGCCUGCCCAGCAGCGGCAAGCGCAGGGCCCCCCGCAGGGUGUACCAGAUCCCCCAGCGACGGCGGCUGCAGGGCAAAGACCCCCGCUGGGCCACCAUGGCCGACCUGAAGAUGCAGGCAGUGAAGGAGAUCUGCUACGAGGUGGCCCUGGCCGACUUCCGCCACGGGCGGGCCGAGAUCGAGGCCCUGGCUGCCCUCAAGAUGCGGGAGCUGUGCCGCACCUACGGCAAGCCUGAGGGGCCUGGGGACGCCUGGAGGGCCGUGGCCCGGGAUGUCUGGGACACGGUGGGCGAGGAGGAAGGCAGCGGAGGUGGAGGUGGCGGCAGUGAGGAGGGAGCCCGCGGCGCAGAGGUGGAGGACCUCCGGGCCCACAUCGACAAGCUGACGGGGAUCCUGCAGGAGGUGAAGUUGCAGAACAGCAGCAAGGACCGCGAGCUGCAGGCCCUGAGGGACCGCAUGCUUCGCAUGGAGAGGGUCAUCCCCCCGACCCAGGAUCACGAGGAUGAGAACGAAGAAGCUGGUGAGGCCACGUGGGCCCAGCCCCAAGGGUCUGAGGCAGCGGAGCAGGAGGCCCCCAGUGACCGAGCACCUCCCGCGCGGCCCUCCUCGCCGCCCCUGUCGAGCUGGGAGCGGGUGUCGAGGCUGAUGGAGGAGGACCCCGCCUUCCGUCGGGGGCGCCUUCGCUGGCUCAAGCAGGAGCAGCUGCGGCUGCAGGGACUGCAGGGCUCCGGGGGCCGGGGCGGGGGGCUGCGCAGACCCCCCGCCCGCUUCGUGCCCCCUCACGACUGCAAGCUGCGCUUCCCCUUCAAGAGCAACCCCCAGCACCGCGAGUCCUGGCCGGGGGCGGGGGCCGGGGAGUCCCCAGCGCCACCCCAGCCCCCCGAGGAGCUCACCCCCUCUCCGGCCACCCCUGCCCGCAGGCCCCCAAGUCCCCGCAGGUCCCACCGUCCCCGCAGGAAUUCCCUGGACGGAGGGGGUCGGUCCCGGGGAGGGGGUUCUGCACAGCCCGAACCCCAGCACUUCCAGCCCAAAAAGCACAACUAUUAUCCCCAGCAGCCCCAACCAUACCCAGCCCAGAGGCCCCCAGGGCCACGCUACCCCCCAUACACUACGCCCCCGCGGAUGAGACGGCAGCGCUCAGCCCCUGACCUCAAGGAGAGUGGGGCGGCCGUGUGAGCCCCGCAUCUUGGGCAGAGAGGGCCUGGCAGAGCCCCUCGCUGGGAGGAGAUGCUGCUUCCCCAGAAGCCCUGGGGCAGGAGGCCCUAGAGACCAGAGAGAAGGUCCGAGUAGGUGAUAGAAGAUGUAGGGGUAACUGGGCCGGAGGCUGAGGGAGGAAGGAAGAGGGCACGGAGCUGCCAGGAGCGAACCAAAGUGAAGGAGAGCGAUGGGAAGCUGCCUCGGGGCUGCCCCUUGCCGGGGUGGGGGGGUCCCACAAACGCUGCUAGGGUGGGUGGGGGGCUGGGGUGCCGCGUAGUCGAUGUUUGACUUUCUUUUCAAGUGGGGGCAAAGGGGAGAGAACCUAGAGGGGGGUGAGGUCUCCCCCCUCCUGGCCCUGUCUGUCUGUCCGUCUGUGGUGGGAUUCUGUUUCCAGGGAGGUGUGGUGGGGUCAUAAGUCAUUCCUCUCCCCUUUCAGGCCUCCUGCUAUAUUUGGGGGACCUGUCUGGCGUCUGGUUUGCCUGGGGUCCUUGAGGAUGUGGGACCUUUCAAUAAAGGAUGGAAAACAGA